AUAUUUGUUUGCCCGGCUCCCAUGUUCUUCGUUCGUUCGCUGUAGGCUCAUUGGCAUUUCCGCGGCGUCCUUUAUUCCAGUCUUCGAACCCGAGCCAGCCUUCCCAUUCCUUGGGCUUCGCGACGGCGGCUACCCUCAUACAUCCCUUCAUUCGCUCCUCCCUCCCCCUAGACAGUCCGGUGCCCAUUCCACCGCCAUGGACAUUUCACAAACCGGCAACAACGGAAAUGACAGCCAGAAUAAACCCUCUGUCCCAAACAGACAGCCUGCCAUGUCACGACAGUCGGGUAUCUCUGUUCGCAGCGAAGACUGGGUCCGGCUUGAACAGUCAAACCCCACAGAGUUAGGAGAGCAGGUGGAGGAUGUCCAGCGUCGAGAAUCUGCUCAAGAUGGGAGGUCAGCCGAUCGUGGGGCUAUCUCUGCGAGGGAGUCAGUGCAGUCUGCCGAAAAUCCCCAAUCAGGUUUAAGCCGUUGCCGAGUCUGCAGCCACAUUGUAAUUGAAGAUGGUGUCAACCAAGACGCCUUCUCGCGGUACGGGGAUGAAGCUGCUGGCAAUGGGGUGCCCUAUAAUCACCACUCGUUCAGCGCAUCCAGCACUUACCACGAGGAUAAGGAAGACAUGAUCUUGGCCUGGGAGGAGAAUGAUCCCGAAAACCCGUAUAACUGGUCGGGAAGGCGGAAAGCGGGCAUUCUGCUCACGACCAUGAUGCUGAUUGUAAACUCCACAAUGGGCAGCGCUCUGCCCAGCAACGCACUCCCCUUCAUUAUGGACGAGUGGGGGAUUGUGUCGGAGCAGCAGAAGGUCUUGCCCAUAUCUGUUUACCUCAUCGGAUACGUCAUGGGACCGAUUCUGUGGGCUCCUCUCAGCGAGCAAUACGGCCGGAAGAAGCUUACCAUAGGGACAUUCAUAAUGUUCACCCUGUUCACCCUGGCCUGCGCGUUGGCCCCGGAUUGGACCGCGUUUCUCGUCUUCCGGCUCAUGACUGGCGUGUUUGCCAGCGCCCCGAUUGCCAUCGUUCCUGGAAUUAUUGCCGACACAUGCGGUGACCCAAGGACCCGCGGCCGGAGUAUGGGGCUCUUUUUUAUGAUGACUGUGUCUGGGCCUCUCCUCGCUCCCAUCAUUUCCGGCUAUUGCGCGCCCACCAUUGGAUGGCGAUGGGCUUUCUGGAUUGGGCUCAUGUACGCUGGCGCCACGUUGAUUCCGCUAAUAUUGCUCCCCGAGACGAACGGGCCGGUUCUCCUCCUGCGCAGAGCCAGAGACAUUCGUGCUCACGACCCAGCCGCGCGGGUCGUCGCUCCUCACGAGUUGGAAAAGAACAGUCUUACAGACCUCGUCGCCGUCGUGCUCACCCGCCCCGUCCGCAUGAUCAUCUUCGAGUCCAUUGUCAACACGAGCUGCGCGUACCUAGCGCUCUGCUACGCCAUCUUCUACAUGACGUUCGAGGCUUUCCCCAUCAUCUUCCAGGGCGUGUACGGGCUCUCCCCCGGCGCCUGCGGCCUGACGUACCUCGCCAUCCUAGCCGGAUGCCUGCUCUCUCUUCCCAUAUUCUUUGCCUAUGACACCAUUCUCCGCCGCGCGCAGGACCGUGACGCGCCGUGGACCCGCCACGAAGAGUAUCGCCGCCUCCCGCUCGCCUGCAUCGGCGGGCCCAUGUUUGUGAUCUCGCUCUUCUGGCUUGGCUGGACCGCGCGCGAGGACGUGCCCUUCUUCGUCCCCAUGCUUGCCGGAAUCCCGUUUGGCAUUGGGUUCAUGUGCAUCUUCCAGGCGCUGCUAAACUACCUCACAGACGCGUACGAAAUCUUCGCCGCCUCGGCCAACGCGGCGGCGUCGUGCUCGCGCUCGCUGCUCGCGACGGUGCUGCCGCUGGCGACGGUGCCCAUGUUCACGCGGCUGGGCAUCUCGGGCGCCUGCAGCCUGCUGGGCGGUAUCAGCCUGCUCAUGUGCGCCAUCCCGUUCGUGUUCCUGUGGCAGGGCGACCGCAUCCGCGCCAACUCAAAGUUCUGCCUCGCCCUGCGCCAGCGCAAGGAGGACAUGGCCCGCAGGAUCGAGGACCAACGCACCCGCCGCUUCCGCCGCGAGAGCGAGAAGUGGUCUUCCUCGUUGUCGUCGGCCGGCCCUCGCCAGGAUGCUGCUGCCACUGCCGCCGAUGCUGCUGCUGCUGCUUCGACUUCAUCUUCUACCUUUCUUGACGGCGCUGUCGGGCGCCAGCAGUAGCAACAAGCUGCCAUCAGAACUGUUUAAGGGGCAUUGGUUCUUAUCAGCCUACCUAUCAAUCAGCACAGGGGGCAUAACUUCCUACCUCCAACCCACUUUUUUCACCUCGUCAACCAUGGAAAAGAAAGCAAGAUCUAAAAAAAAAUUUAAAAAAAAAUAUAAAACUGAAAUGGGC